CUCCAAUGAAUUAGCAAAGAACCGCCUGCGUUCACAUUUCACAUUUCAUAUUUCACCACUCACUCACUACUCACUACUCACUACUCACUACUCACUACUCACUACGCUACACACCAUUCACAUUACUCCCCAACACACAGUCCUUCCUCAUCUCUCACAUCAACUUCAGCCCAACCCAGUACGUACAAGUACAAUUAAUAAAGUAAGAAAGGAAUUAUCAUCUGCUCGUCCAAGAAAUCUAAUCAAUUACAGUCCUUAUUAUUACGAUUCGAAUUAUUCUUACCAUUUGUUUCAUUGUGAUCAGUGUCAAUGAUAAAGGAUUCAUCAUCCAAUCCAUCCAAUCCAUCCAUCCCAUUCAUUAAUCAUCGAGUUUCAACAUUAACGACAACGCAUUCGAAUGUGUUCCCUUGAACAUUAGGGUUACACAACCUUCUUUCAACACCGCCUUCGUCCUUCAUCACACAUUGAAAUACUCUUCCCUUGGUUUGAAAUCUAAUAUAAUCGACGUCCCCUUAAUUGGCGCCAUCGUCUUCCCUUUUUCAUGGUCGAGCGUUCAACGACUAAUUGUUAAACCCAAUCCUUCCCUCGGUCCCAAACCAUCAAUCUGUUUGGGGAAAGCCCUUCAUCCACGUCCGCACCCACGAUCAUAAUCUUUCUCGACCCGUCAACAUAGACGAGAGGUCUCUGUAAGAAUAGACGAUAAGGAGAAAGCGACUAUGGAAAAUUUCCGACCUUUGAGCUUGACAGAUAGAAGAGCAUCCACUGCACCUACCGAAAAAGACGGCGAAAUGUCUCCUACCCGAGCGCUAACGGUCGACACAAAUGGCGAUCACAUUCCAAUGCCGCAAAGGUUAGAAAAGAUCUUGAGUCGACCAAGAGGUCCCCCAACCCCAAACAUGACAACUCCUUCCGCCGAUUUACAAUCUCCCACCCAUUCAAGUCACGAUCCCCCUCCUCCCCCUACACCGGCGGCAAGUCCAGGUCCCAACCACCCACAACCAGAUUGGAGCGAAGCAGGGGAAACGGAAGAUAUAUUUUUAUCGCAAAUUAGGAUAUACUUCAGUCAAAGUUCGGCACCUGAAAGAACGAGGAUAUUAGGGGAUCUUUUGAAUCUUUGCACAAGCCAACAACUCAGCUUUGUACAUCAAUAUGUUAGCCCGUUACUGAAGAAGGAUCCCUUCACGACCUUGCCAGAGGAACUAUGCCUUCGUGUACGCUCCCCAUUCCAGAAGGCGAAGCCUAGACUAAUUGAUCUGUGUAGAUUUUGUCUUGUAUCGACGACCCCAAAGUGCUUGCGCGCUCAUCUCAAGUUUCGAAACGUUGGCGGGAUCUACUUUCAGACGACGUCACUUGGAUGAAGUUAUGUGCGAAGCACGACUAUGGCCGAAGAAUGUCAGAACAUCAGCCCGCUGCACCUCUAACGUCACUUCGACCCCCUCCACAUCCAGUUCAUUUGGCAUUACAAGCAGGGGAUAGUUUUGCCUUACAAUCAUUCCCUGGAAUGAGCGCACCGUUACCCUAUGUUCCCGGGAGUUCAAAAAGUUUCGAUAGUGCCACUGCCUCGGGCGUAUUGAGGAGACCAAAGAUUAGAUCCUAUAAAUCACAUUUUAAGCAGAGAUAUUUGGUCGAAACCGCAUGGAGGACCGGGGGUCGAAACAUCGCAAGACACAUUACGCAGGAUCAGGGUGUUGUCACGAGUCUACAUUUGACUCCAAAAUACAUCGUAGUGGCGUUGGACAAUGCUAAAAUACAUGUUUUCAACACGGAUGGGAAUGCACAAAAGACCUUGACCGGGCAUGUCAUGGGUGUUUGGGCAAUGGUACCUUGGGAAGAUACCCUCGUGAGUGGAGGUUGUGAUCGGGAUGUACGAGUAUGGGAUAUGGCUAACGGGUACGUUUUACUAAUUGCGUCUCAUGAGGUCUGUUAUUAAUGCAUCAUAGUGAGAGCAUACAUACUCUACGUGGGCAUACAUCAACAGUACGAUGCUUAAAGAUGUCUGAUGCGAAUACGGCGAUUUCAGGUUCUCGAGAUACCACGUUGAGAAUUUGGGAUAUUAAAACUGGUGUGUGUAAAAAUGUUCUUGUCGGUCAUCAGGCAAGUGUUCGAUGCUUGGAAAUCAAAGGAGAUAUUGUUGUUUCCGGAAGUUAUGAUACUACAGCAAGGGUAUGGAGUAUCUCAGAGGGUAGAUGUCUACGAACGCUUCAGGGCCAUUUCUCCCAAAUAUAUGCUAUCGCGUUUGAUGGAAAGAGAAUAGCUACUGGGAGUCUUGACACUAGUGUCCGAAUUUGGGACCCAGAAAACGGGUAGGUAAUUUAAUCCAAGUAAGGAGGUCAAGCUAAUCAAUUCUCAGGUCUUGUCAAGCUAUUCUUCAAGGGCACACUUCACUAGUUGGGCAGUUGCAAAUGCGAGGAAACACGUUGGUGACCGGUGGUUCUGACGGCUCUGUUCGCGUCUGGUCACUAGAAAAGAUGGCGCCAAUUCACCGGCUAGCGGCUCAUGACAAUAGUGUCACAAGUUUACAGUUUGAUGAUACACGAGUUGUGAGUGGGGGUAGCGAUGGUCGAGUCAAGGUGUGGGAUCUUAAGACUGGUCAACUUGUUCGUGAACUUACAGCUCCUGCCGAGGCUGUAUGGAGAGUGGCUUUCGAAGAGGAAAAGUGUGUUGUUAUGGCGAGCCGAGCUAACCGCACUAUUAUGGAAGUGAGUAUUGUAGCCUCCUAUCGCAGUGCGUCUUGCUAACAUAAGUCAAGGUAUGGUCAUUUUCCCCACCUGAAGAUGUCUUGUAUGAAAAAUCAUAUGCCCAACCAACUCCCAUCACGGGGCCUGCCAGACCCUUAAGCGCUAUUGAAUAUCGGAGUGGUAGCCAAGAUCAAGCUAUGCAAGGAAUUAUAACGAGCGAAGCAUCAUAUGUGAGGGAUGAUAUUGAAAUGGCUGAUGCUGGACCACCGACGGUUCCCCCACAAGCUACUGGGCCUACCUUCUUUCACGAAGAUGAUUGAUCUACAUCACUUUAUUUUUCUAUAUAAAAGCAUUCACUGGUUAUGAUUGCUUCUUUCACCUACUAGUCGUCUUAUGACUACUCACUAUCAUCGCUUCUUUAUCGAUAGAUAAAAGACGAUAUUGUGAGCGGAUACAGCCUCACAUAUUUCACUGUCAUGCAUUUGCAAUCCCGCAUUCACCACCUAUUUUUUUUGUCCAUAUUGAGAGACCGAUCGAUCAAAGCACAAAGUACCUGUUAAUAAGAAGCAAAGAUGCAUCAAGGGCAGGGCGUUUCACAUUUGAUUGGCUGGCAGAAUGGUACAGAAUUUUUUAAUGGCUCAAAUACCUACAGGGCAAGGGGAAGGGGGACAAUUCAAAGGGAAAUCUUCAACGGCGUAGCAUUGAGAGAAUUUGCAUUAGGGAUUCCCCAGGGUUAGGGAGUUACUUAAACUUGUACUUUGAGGUUGGCAGGGUAGCAUAUUAAACAUGCAAAAUGAUGAAAAUUCAAUUUGCUCUUUAUUUUGAGUGUGAAGGGGUCAGUGAGGAUUGG